UUCGACGCGUAUGACAAGCGCGGAUUCCCCUGCUCGGCACGGCGAGACACGGCGAGACCCCUCCCCUACGUCGUCGGCACCGAGGGCCUCACCGGAGCACGCCCAUGGAGCUCCAGAGUGCCGGGCGCACGAGCACGACACAGCAGCCCCUGCUGGAACUCGACGCUCCUCCUGCAAAGAGGGGGCGGAGAACUUCAUCAGCUGAAACAAAGACUCAACCCUGCGGAGAAGGUGACAUUUGUCAAGAUGCCCCAAAAACAAGACAAGACUUUGAGCUUGACAAACUUCCUGAGGUCUUGAUGCAAUGCACAUGUGUCAAUUAACACUAUAUAUAGUUUUAAUGUUGAUUCCAAGUGAGGUCAGUGUUAGUGCUAGCUAUAACCUAACUGCUAAACUUGUCAACAAUGCUACUGCAGAACAUGCUACAUCAUAUACAUUCCCUCAUGCCUGUACUAGACGCUGGUCGUGCUGCCUGUGUAUCUAGACAAUUUCUGUGUUCAUGGAGAUGCUACUCGAACCUCACACUCAACAUACAAACACUUUGGUCGCCUGGCGAUAAAUUUGAGGGAAGUGAAAUGUAUUUCAUCAACAAAGUUGACAAAAUUCUUAAUAACUAUUCCGACAAUGGGAUGAAGGUGAAGACACUAAAACUUAAUCUUUGGCAUUGUAGCAGUGUGAGUGCCUCCUACCUAGACCGGUGGCUCAGAAUUGCUGUCAAACCUGGGAUCAAAGAACUUCGCUUGUUGCUGUCUCCUUCCAUGAAGGAAAAGUACUGCUUCCCAUGUUCGGUUUUAUUUGAUGAGGCGGCUACGAGUUUGAUCGAGUCCCUCUAUAUCUCCAACUGCACUUUUCAUCCCAUAGGAACACUUGGCUGCUUUAGAAGAUUGAAAAGUUUAGUUCUGUGCGGUGUUCACAUUACUGAGGAGGGACUACGACAGUUGGUCUCAAAAUCUUUCAGCUUAGAAUGGUUGGAGAUCUUUUCGUGCAAUGAGAUAAUUUGCUUGAAGAUACCUUGUACACUGCAGAAGCUCAAGCUCCUCAAGGUUGGAAGGUGUCCAAAGAUUCAGGUGAUAGAGAUCAGUGCCCCAAAUCUCUCCGCUUUUCACCAUUAUGGGUUCCCGCCAGAGAUCUAUAUUGAAGAUUCUUCCCAACUUACGGAAGUAUAUUUGUCAUCUUUAUAUCCGUCCGGAAUUCUCUCUUACAGUCGUGCGAAGCUUCCAUCUAUCGCCAGCAAUGUUGAGAGGCUUACCCUGGUGUUCUGCGGUGAGAAUGUCAACACGCCAAUGCUUCAUGAAAAGCUCCACCACCUCAAGAGUUUGGAGUUUGAAUUUCACGGCUCAGGAGCCUGCUCCCCUGUCUAUGAUAUCUUCUCUCUGGUUUCUUUUCUUGAUGCUUCUCCUGCCUUGGAAUCUUUGAUCUUGCGUGUAGCACGAAACGCCAUAGUAGAUCAUUGUGAUGCUGGGGACGAUGUAUACCUAAAGGGGAAAUCAGCAUACCAGCAUGACCGCCUCAAACGGGUGACGAUCACGGGCUUCUGUUCAGCCAAGAGCCUGAUUAAGCUUGUGAUCAGCAUCCUUGAGAGCGCUCCUUCACUCGAGCGCCUCACGCUGGAUACGACUCCGCGUGGCUGCGGUAGGAAGCUUGGCGAUACUAGCAUAUGCACCGCCGCAAAGUACAAGAGUAAAUGCUGUUGGAUAGGCGAGAGAUCCCUCGAAGAGUCUAACAGAGCUGUUGAGGCUGCAGGUAGAUACAUCGCUGGGAGAAUUCCAUCGGCUGUUGAAUUUGAGGUCCUUGAGCCCUGUAGGCGAUGCCAUACUGGCAACCCGGUAGAUGAUGUGUUAAAUAAAAGUUAGUUCACUUAACUCUCGAGUUUGGAGCUUGGCUCAUUUGACCCUCAACUAUGAAUUGAAAGCAUACACGUGUGACCCUCCAAAGUUUCAAAACCAAUGCGCCUAGCCUGGGUUAUGUGCAGUGGUUUUGAACGAUUUGUAGGGUUCGAUGUCCGCAGCA